AUGUUAUCAUCAAAAUUAAAUAUAAAAACUAUUUUAAAUAGUAGUAAUAGAUUUAGAUCAACAACAUCGUCAUUACUUUGUAAAUCAUAUCAUAAUAGUAGUUCAAGUUUAUUGUUAAAUUCAAAUCAACAAAAUAACAAUGCAAAUCAAUCUCUUGGCUAUUUGAAUAGAUAUAAUAAUGUAAAUAAUAAUAAAAAUAGUAAUAAUGUAUUAGUUUCUACAUUUUUAUUUAAUAAUAAUAGUGAUCAAGAAAAUAAAUCAUUAUUUCAGAGAUAUUAUUCAAAGAAACAACAAGCAAAUGUAGGUGAACCAAAAGUUGUAAUGUCAUUGGUAGAUGUUAUGAAAAAGUUGGAUGAUGGUAGAAUUUUGUUAAAGGAGACUUCGCUCUCGUUUUUUGCAGGAUCGAAAAUUGGUUUGUUAGGUUCGAACGGUUCUGGUAAAUCGACACUCAUGAAGAUUAUGGCAAGUGAAGACACUGAGAUUGAAGGUGAAGUAUUACUCUCAAAAGAUAUUACAGUUGGUUAUUUACAUCAGGAACCGGAAUUAGAUCCAGAGAAAGAUGUCGAGGGUAAUAUAUUCGAUGGAUUGAGCGAGGAAAAGGAGAUACUCGAUGAAUACGAAGAGGUAACGGAAAAGUUGGAGGCAAUGGAUGAGAAGGAUCCACAGAGAAGACAACUACAGAUCGCUCAGAAGAAGCUGUCCGAGCGUAUCGAUCGUGAGAAACUCUGGGAUUUGAAGAGAAAGAUUGCUAUCUCGAUCGAUGCAUUGCGUUGUCCACCAGGUGAUUCCGAUGUCACUACGUUGUCGGGUGGUGAGCGUAGACGUGUUGCGCUGGCUCGUCUACUCAUUACCAAUCCAGAUAUUCUACUGCUGGACGAACCCACCAAUCAUUUGGAUGCAGAGUCCGUUGCUUGGUUGGAGCGUUUCCUAAAGGAGUACAAAGGAACGGUUAUUGCAAUCACUCACGACCGUUAUUUCUUGGACAACGUUGCCAAUUGGAUCUUGGAAGUGGAUCGUGGUAAUUUGAUACCGUUCAAGGGUAACUAUAGCGGUUGGUUAAAACAAAAGGAUUCGCGUCUCUCACUGGAAUCCAAGAAGGAAGAGGGCAGAAAGAAGGCAAUCAAGCGUGAAUUGGAGUAUCUAUCGGGUGGUGCAAAAGCACAGACUAAAAAGUCAAAGUCACGUAUCCAGAAAUACAAUGAAUUGGUUGCGGCUGCUCCCGAAAAGUACAGAGAACCAGGCAAGAUUGCUAUACCACCGUGCCCGCGUUUGGGUAAUGUUGUGAUUCGUGCCCGUGGAUUGAGUAAGGAGUUUGACGGUCGUCAACUCUUUGAUAAUCUCGAUUUCGAUAUUGAACCGGGUUCAAUCGUUGGUAUCAUCGGUCCAAACGGUACUGGAAAGUCGACACUCUUUAGAAUUAUUGCUGGUGACUUGACGCCGGAUGCGGGUUCCAUCAAGAUUGGUGAGACCGUGCGUAUGGGACACGUCGCUCAAUCGAGAGCGUCGCUCGACGACGACAAAACCAUCUUUGACGAGGUGUCGGCAGGCACCGAUUUCAUUAAUAUGGGUGGUUAUCAAGUUCACGUGAGAGAGUAUCUCUCGCAGUUCAACUUUAAAGGUGCCGAGCAAGACAAGUACAUCGGUGCGUUGUCGGGAGGUGAGCGUAAUCGUGUGCACAUUGCCAAGAUGAUCAAACGUGGAUGCAAUGUUCUCUUGCUGGAUGAACCUACCAACGAUCUCGACGUCGACGUCCUCAGAAAUCUUGAAAACUCAUUGGAAGACUUCCCCGGGUGUGCAGUGGUAAUCAGUCACGAUCGUUAUUUCCUCGAUCGUCUUUGUACUCAUAUCAUUUCAUUCGAGUCGGAAGGCAAAGUAGUAGUGUUCGACGGUAACUACACAGAGUACGAAGAGGACAGACAGCGACGAACCGGAAAGAAAUUCGAUCCACACAAAUCGAAAUUCAAAAGAAUUCAUACAGUUUAA